AUGUAUCGCGGGAAGCCAUAUCCCAGCGACAGCAUCGACUUCCCGAUAAUCAUCCGUCGCAUCAACCGGGCACCCAUGUUCUUCAUGGAUAUGGACCACUAUUCCGUCACCCAACUACAGGACGACGUGAACCUCUAUGGUGUAACUGUAGCAGAUCCAGAUGCGAGGCUGCAGGAUGAAGUGGACAUCGUUGUUUCUGUGGAACCUGACUCCGGUGGCGGGGCUGUGUCGUUCGCAGGUACUCAAGGCACGUUUGUGGAGAAGCGCAUGACUUUGGCGGAGCUCAACGUGGCGUUGCAAGACCUUUCCUUCAUCUUUCAAGAUGCCAACUGGUUUGGUGUGACUGGGGUCUCCAUUUCGGUCUCUGACCUCGGAAAUAGAGGUUGGAGGGUCAACCACUACAGUGACAUGUAUCAUGAAGACAUCUCUCCGCAAGCAGUAGCGCUUAAAGGAGGGACAAUGACCAUUGUGCCAGAUGACCCCCUGGUAUAUCACAAGCUAUUCUCCCAGGAUUUUACCUGGGAAGUUUACCUGAAAGUUUUGCCUAACGUUGACAAGAUGCAGCCAACGACGCGUGCGACAACUCCUCCCCCUCCACCAUUCCAGCCAUAUGACCUCGAGUCCGCGUACGACGGUCUCUUGUUCAGGAAUAACUAUCUCGGCCAGAAUUUGUCUUCCGGGAUCGAUGAGCCUUCUUGGGGCGAAGAAAACAUGACGGACAAGCCACUCUGUUCUUUUUCCAUUGGCAAUGACGGCAGGUUAAAGUUCACGCUGCUGUCGGAAGACGGACGACUGCAGGGCAGCGGACAAGCUUUUUUGGAAGAAGGUGCUUGGUAUCACGUAGCCCUUGUGGUACGCCGCAGGAGCCGUGACUCGGACGAAGCACCACCAGAUUCUGACGCAGACGCAACACAGGGCGAGGUGGCCCUGUACGUGGACAACAAGCUGGAUGCUGCGUAUCGGUGGCGAGCACCGCAAAGGUAUGUUGGACCAGACAAGGGCAGUGUACUUCAGUUGUCGGCACGGGGGGGGCUGGUCCUAUCACGAGCAAGGCUGUGGCCGAUAGCAUUGGAGGCUGGAGACCUUGCUCGCUGUGAGGAGCCAUUGGGAUCAGUAGCGGGUGGGCCAGAAGGGCUAGGUGAUGUUCGGCCCAAUGAAUCCCAUCAUCCCUUCCCUCGCCUAGUUGGGAUUCAGGCCCCACAUGCUCCAGCGCUAAGUUUUAGCUUUGGUGGCUCUCUGGCAGAGACUGCUCUUCGUGGCCAUAUUGCGUCAACUGGCAGCUGGUCAUUUGUUGUUGACUCCCCACCGCAGUGCUUACGCUUGACAGAGGCGCCAUACGACAGCUUGUUUGAGUACUGUGUGACAUAUGACCAUAGUUUGGCAGGCGAGGGCGAUACUGAUCAUCAGCCAUACUUCUGGCACUCGCUGCAGGCUUACGAAAAUUCAAUGGACAUGCACUCGUACGCGCGAGCAGGAUUGCAAGUCAUGGAAGCCGGUGAGCUCAUGGCGACAACAUUUCUCGCGGUACAUCGUAGUUUUGUGAACGAACCGCCUCGGAUCAGGAUGUUGGAGCCAAGGAGUGGUCACCUGCACCUGUUUGAGGAUCACGGGAACUUCAUUUCAUUUGAGGUCAGACACAAGGCUGCCGAAAACUUGGUCGAUCGGGCCUUGACCGUAUUUUUCUCCACCUCGCAUGGAAAAGUUCGCACAAUUUCAUCGGCGGCGAUGCCGAAAACAUCUGUGGAUGGGAAGCGUGUAGAGUUUACAGCGAAGCUACACGAGCUGAACGCUUUCCUCUCCCAGCUGCAGUAUUUGCCCGAUCCGAACUACAACGGGCCUGAUUUGUUGGACAUGCUGGUCACAGACGGCGAGUAUUCUGUGAACACCAGCGUCCCGAUUGAGAUUGAGACAAUGAGCGACCCGCUCACUAUUGUUUGCCCACCUGCAGUAGACCUUUUUGAAGGAGAGAUCGAAGUCCCAGUCGGCACAAACAUCACCAUUCGUGAUCAUGAGCCAAUCCCUGGCUUCGAUGAUGAAUCCAGCAGAGUGGAGGUUGAGAUUUUUGCAGGUGAUGGUGUCCUCGACUUGCUACCGAGCACGGUCCCUGACUUGGCAGAUGACCUCAUGGAGGAACUCUACGAAGUCAGCAACAAUUCCCGCGAUUCUGAUCCUUCGAAUAGCUCUUCAUCAGGCAGUUCUGCAUUGACCUUCAACACAACGCUUGCGGGCUUUCGUGCAGCCCUCCGAGCUUUGGUCUUCACUCCUCUUCCAGCAUUAUACCAUGGAGUGGUGCAUUUGGAAGUUCGUGUGGUUGCUCUUGAGACCGAAGAGGAGGCAAGGUGCGAGAUUGGGCUCAUUGUUCACCCAGUGAACUCCGCACCGGCAAUUGAUGUUGAUGGAUCUCAGCUGCUCGCUUCUACGAAUGGCGGUCUCGUAAAGCCUCACAAAGACAUUCGUCUUCAUGGGGUCAUCCGAUUGUCUGAUCCAGACGAGGAGGACUUUUCAGGCGGUUGGUUUUUGGAGCGAGUUCACUCAGCCCGGCUAAAGCUCCGUGCUUCCUGUGGGACGCUUUCCUUCCUCAUGGCAGCGCCACAGGAUUAUGUACUUGGUGUGCAGAAUGGCUCCAUUGCGGGAACAGAGGGUAUUACCUUCCACAGCGGAGAUGGUUCUCAUGACGCGGACAUGGAUGUGACUUCUACGCUGAGAAACCUUAACCUCCAGCUCAGUCGGCUGUUCUAUCAUUCUGGUGGAGAUUGCCGUGGGCAAAACAUUACCAUCUUCGUGGAGCUUGAUGACCUCGGCAAUUUCGGAGCCUACAAGGAUGCGAUGGGCAACUUGGUGCAUCCGCACCCCAUCGUGGUCACAAAUGAGGUUCAUUUCCAAGUGAUGGAGUACUGA